GUGCAACUUCAUACUUAGCUGAUGAUCUUGGUGUUCUAUCUUGUUGAUAUCAACGCUAAUACAACUCAACAAACACAAACUUAUUGCCGUACUGAUAGUUCUGGCCUCAUUGAUGCUGCUCCUUGGAUAAAAAUUCCACGUCCAUUUCAAUGGGGAACGCCCAUUUUUGAAGCUGGUGAUGCUCUUUCAAUGAUGGCUGCUUCUCUUGUAGCUGUUAUUGAGUCUUCUGGUACAUUUUUGGCAUCAUCAAAACUAAGCGGUGCUCCUCCUAUACCUCCCAGUGCACUGACUCGUGGUAUUGGCACUCAGGGAAUAGGAACCAUGAUAGAUGCAGUAUUUGGAACAGGAAAUGGCUCUACUGCUUCAGUGGAAGACGCUGGUCUAUUGGGACUAACACAAGUAGGAAGUCGGAGGGUCGUUAUAGUAUCAGCAAUCUUUUUGGUUUUCCUAUCCAUGUUAGGAAAAGUUGGGGCCUUUUUCGCUUCAAUACCAUUGCCAAUUUUGGGAGCUCUCCACACUGUCCUCUUCCCUUAUAUGGCUUCAACUGACCUUGAAUAUCUGAAGUAUUGCAACGUGAAUAGCUUUGGAUCAAACCUCAUUCUAGGUUUUCUCUCUUCACUGCUCCUCUCUGCGCCUCAAUACUUCAAGGAAUAUGUUCUUCUUUCUGGUCAUGGUCCUGUUCACACUGGCUCCACCUGGUUCAAUGACGUAAUCCAAGUGAUUUUCUCAUCUCCACCAACAGUUGUUCUUAUAGUUGCUUUCUUUCUGGAUAGAACUCAUACUCCUAGAGCCCGCUCCACCUGGAAAGACAGUGGCAGGCAUUUGAAGGAGCAAUCAGAUAAGUCGGAAAAGACUCGAGAAAUCUAUGAUUUAAUUACUUCACUUGGUGAUAUGUGCUCUUAAUUCUAACUAAUAUGUUUCGUCCACUGUACAUGAAACAAUAUGUGCUUUCUUUUUUUCUUCUUUCAUGGUUACAAUCGAAACCGAUUGAGACUCGAACUUAAAAUAAAA